AUGACUCGUCGAUUUGGUCGAAACCCAACAGAGUUGUGCCUUAUUUUCAACAAAGUAGUUGACAUUGUCUACGACACCCACCAGCAUCGCCUUAAGAGUUCGGAUCAGCUUUUCCUUUCUGCAGACCAUCUUCACAACUAUGCAUUGGCAGUUCAUCAGCAUGGUGCUCCUCUUCAUAAUUGUUUUGGGUUUGUCGAUGGGACUGUACGUAGAAUAGCCAGACCAAAAUACCACCAACGGAUCAUGUACAAUGGUCACGAACGGGUGCAUUCAAUGAAAUUUCAGAGUGUCGUUCUACCAAAUGGAUUAAUUGCUAAUCUGUCUGGUCCAUAUGAAGGCAAACGACACGACAGUACGAUGUUGAAUGAGUCUGGUUUGUUACCCACCCUUAGACGUGUUGCUUUUUAUGACAACGAGCCUCUCUGUAUCUACGACGACCCAGCAUAUCCUUUAGGGGUUCACCUACAAGGACCAUGCCAUUCAAGGAUGCACAGCUCACACCCCAAAUGA